UGCGCGUGGCGUCACGCCGCUCCGUGCGUGUGGCGUCACGCCGCUCCGUGCCGGGCCGUGCGUGCCGGGGCCGCAGCGGCGGGUCGGCGCGGGGGCCGGGGCCAUGCUGGAGGAGGCGGGCGAGGUGCUGGAGUCGGUGCUGAAGGCCUCGUGCCUGCCGCUCAGCUUCCUGCUCUUCGUGCCCGCCGUGCUCCUGCUCCUGGGCCCGCCGCCCGCCGCCGAGGCCGCCCACGAGUUCACGGUGUACCGCAUGCAGCAGUACGAGCUGGGCGGGCAGCCCUACGGCACCAGGAGCGCAGUGCUUAACACAGAGGCCCGCACAGUAGAAGCGGAUGUCCUCAGCCGCCGCUGUGUCAUGAUGCGGCUGGUGGAUUUCUCAUAUGAGCAGUACCAGAAGGCUCUUCGCCAGUCAGCUGGUGCCGUGGUGAUCAUCUUGCCGCGGUCUAUUUCUUCUGUCCCACAGGAUGUUGUAAGGCAAUUCAUGGAGAUAGAGCCAGAAAUGCUUGCUAUGGAAACCAUUGUGCCAGUCUACUUUGCAGUGGAAGAUGAAGAGCUGCUGUCUAUCUAUGAACAAACACGGGCUGCUUCUGCAUCACAGGGAUCUGCCUCAGCCGCAGAAGUUCUGCUGCACACUGCAACUGCCAAUGGCUUCCAGAUGGUGACCAGUGGGGCUCAGAGCAAAGCCAUCAAUGACUGGCUUAUACCCAGCGUAGAGGGAAGGCUGACAGGGCUGGGUGGAGAAGAUCUACCCACUGUUGUGAUAGUUGCGCACUAUGAUUCCUUUGGAGUGGCCCCAUGGCUGUCACACGGUGCUGACUCCAAUGGCAGUGGUAUUUCAGUGCUGCUGGAACUAGCCAGGCUGUUUUCACGGCUCUACACUUAUAGACGAACUCAUGCUGGGUAUAACUUACUGUUCUUUGCAUCUGGAGGUGGCAAGUUUAAUUAUCAAGGAACCAAGCGAUGGCUGGAAGACAAUUUGGACCACACUGAUUCCAGCCUGUUGCAGGACAAUGUAGCAUUUGUUCUCUGCCUUGACACUCUAGGCCGAGGCAAUAGCCUUCAUCUUCAUGUCUCAAAGCCUCCCAAGGAAGGGACCUUACAGCAUGCAUUUCUGAGAGAACUGGAGCUGGUUGUUGCCAGCCAGUUCCCAGAGGUGAAGUUUUCCAUGGUGCACAAGAAGAUAAACUUGGCCGAGGACAUGCUGGCAUGGGAACACGAGCGUUUUGCGAUCCGACGCUUGCCAGCAUUCACCAUCUCCCAUUUGGAGAGCCACCGGGACAGUCUGCGCAACAGCAUCAUGGAUAGGAGGGCACGAGUAGACACUAAGGCACUAACCAGGAAUACUAGGAUCAUUGCUGAGGCUUUGACAAGGGUCAUCUACAACUUGACAGACAAGGGAGCACCUGCAGAUCUGCAGAUCUUCACAGAUCAGAUGCAGAUCCAGCAGGAGCAACUUGAAUCAGUGAUGGACUGGCUGAGCAGUCAGCCCAGGGCUGCUCAGCUGAUUGAUAAAGACAGCACCUUUCUCAGCACCUUAGAAUAUUAUAUGGGUCGCUACCUGAAAGAUGUCAAACAGCAUCAUGUAAAAGCAGACAAACGGGACCCUGAGUUUGUUUUCUAUGACCAGCUGAAACAGGUGAUGAAUGCAUACAGGGUCAAGCCAGCGAUCUUUGACCUCCUCCUGGCUGUCUGUAUUGCAGCCUACCUUGGUGUUGCCUACGUUGCAGUGCAGCAUUUUGGUCUCCUUUACAAGAUGAUACAGAGAUUAUCCCUUAAAACCAAGCAGCAGUGAAGCAACAAGUCAUGAUCCUUACAGCAGCACUGAGCCAUCGGUGAGCACAUCAGGAACCUUCUGCCUCCCACUGAAUCCUGCUGUUUCUGCUCCUCUCUCUCCUCUUUACUACUCUAGAGAGGGGAGGAAGGCAGAAAGAAAACGAAAUUUCAACUCCUGUGCACCUUUCAGGUGCUUUUCUUCCACUUACUUCCACCAUGCCUGUUUUACUUUGCUUUUUUGCAAGGGAGAAGCUCAGAGACUUCAGAAGUUUGUUCAGGUUGUUUAAACACUGAACAGCUGAUGCUGAGCAGCUUUUAUGAGGGUAGAACAAAGUCCAGCACCUUCAUGGACAUAUGUGACGUACAGCCAGCUUGGAAGCUGAAACUACAGAGCAGAUGUAUUACCUCUGCCCAGCAAACAAGGACUCAGAGCACUUGCUUAAAAGAAAAGAAAAUGUGCAUAUGCAAAUUAAAGAGAAUACUAUUA